AUUGCCUUUGGCUUUGACCUGCCUUUUGACCUUCUUCCUGCAGCACAUGCACACGAGUACGAGCACAUAUUACCCUUCCCUAGCCCUGGCCCUGCAAGUUUAGUGACCAGGAUCUCAAAGCUUAGUAGUAGCAAAGGCUGAAGGAGCGCCCAGGAAAUCUUCUUGCAAGUAUCUGAUAUGGAAGCAUUUGUGUCUCUGGUGACCAACGACAGCUAUGCCCAGGGGGCACUAGUGUUGGCCCAGUCCCUGAGGAACGCUGCAACACUCAAGAAACUGGCCCUACUCAUUACAAGAGACGUCUCCAUGGAUAUGAGACACAGACUAAGUGGACUAUGGGAUGAGCUGGUCCUAGUGGAGGAACUGGACAGCUGUGACUCAGAGCAUCUCUCUCUCCUCACUCGACCAGAGCUAGGCGUUACCUUCUCAAAGAUACACGCCUGGAGACUGACUCAGUACAACAAGUGUGUGUUCCUGGAUGCAGACACUAUGGUACUACACAACGUUGACGAGCUGUUUGAGAGGGAAGAGUUAUCUGCAGCCCCGGACAUAGGCUGGCCUGAUUGCUUCAAUUCUGGAGUGUUUGUGUUCGAGCCUUCUCUGGAAACAUUUAGUAACCUCAUUGAUCUGGCAAGACAGAGGGGAAGCUUCGAUGGUGGUGACCAGGGCUUGCUGAACAUCUACUGGGGUGACUGGGCCACAAAGGACAUCAAAUACCACCUACCUUUCAUCUACAACGUGACACCUAACGUUACGUAUGGAUAUGCUCCAGCUUUUCAGAGAUUUGGAGGAAAUAUCAAAAUCAUUCACUUUAUUGGUCCCACCAAGCCGUGGCAGCACCACUACAAUUCCACUGUAGACUCUGUUAUACUCUCCCCUGGCACGUACUCGUCAGAACAUCGCUCCCAGGACUUCAUCAGACAAUGGUGGCAGCUCUUUAAUCAAGUGGAACAGAAGGAGUCCAUUGAGACCGGAGGACAAGAGGCGAGCUCCGACUACCAAGCUGCCUAUGUGUUAAACAACACGACCAAGUCACCAGAACAAACUGGAUCAAUAGUUAGACUUGAUAGCUUUGAAAACAUUCAAGCUCACAUUGACAAAAUGCUUAAAUGAUUUGAUUCGAUUAGAUGAUAAUUAUAUAUAUCUUUAUACUUUUUAUUUAAUAUGUAGAAAGUGUGAUCGUUGCUGCACAAAAAUUACUUUUGAAUUUGUUAUCAAUGAUUCUAUAAAUGUCUACCAUUAAAUGUUCAUUUCUUUC